GCCAUUUUUCUCCAUGGAUACGAAUACAUUAUGGCGAAGAAGACGAACUAAUUACUGAACGGUCUACGUUUUUUCAUCAGCAAUUUGACAACUGUCUGUGUGCUUUCUAAACAGUGCAUCAACAUGUAUGACAGAGCAGAAAGAAAUCUUGUGGUAACAUAUGGAAGUACCCCCAGCAAUGUUGGACCAGGCUCAUAUGAUGCUGUGAUCCAGCGCAGAUACAAUAUAAAAGCAGAUGGAUAUGCACCAUUUAUGUCUAUGUCAAGUCGUGAGACAUUUCUUAAUAUUACUGACCAAGUAGUAGCAGCACCAGGGCCUGGCCACUAUGAUCCCCAAGCUCCUCAACUUGAUGUUAAGGGUGGCCGAACAAUGGCAAACAAAAGCAAACGAUUUCAGCAGAAUGUAGAAGACAUCCCUGGACCUGGUACCUAUAUGGUAGAAAGAAACUCUGACUUCUCACGGGCAUGUCGAUCUGCCCCAGACGGUCAAGGCAGAGGCAUGUUAUUAACAAGUCGAAUCAAGUUUCAUCGCAAGCCAGAGGCGCCUUCCAUUCCGUGCCCGGGUCAGUCAUUUGGUUACGAGGAGCGUGAAGAUGGUACCUUAAAGAAACAGGAGCCUCCCUCCAGGGAUCAGUCGCUGGGUCCAGCAUUUUAUAAACCUUCAUUUGAUGACACAAAAUGUUGUAAUACGUACAAAGGAAUUCAUUUCGGAAAGCUGACUUCGUGCCGGAUGAAUUUUGCUGGGAUUCCCGGACCCGGACCCGGGGAGUAUGAGCCAUACAGGGAACCACUGGGUAAAGCAGAAAAUGCCAACGUCCAUGAAGAUGAUGGCAGUAAGCACGAUACAAAGCUCCCUCGCUACCAUGAAAUCAUUGUCAAACAGUCGGAGAAGAUGGCUAUUCCUGGUCCUGGAAAGUAUGAAAUCAAGGGCCAGUUUGAUCCGUGUCAACCAAAACUCAACACAGAGGGAAUUGAAGUGGAGCACCCUCCGUUCAUGUCACAAGCAAAACGUUUCCAACCUCUGAAGACCGGCAACCCGGCCCCAGGAUCAUACAAUGAUCCUCGCAAUGCUCUGGAGUCUCUGAACAGAGUGACUGGGCUGAAGAAAAGUCCAUUCGGGCAGACGUCGGUGAGAUUCCAGCAGCAGUCAACGCUUAAGAAACAGCCAGGUCCCGGGUCAUACAACAUCAGUGGUCUGGGAGCAGAAAGCAUGCGCAAGGCCUACUUGGAGAGCACGAGGCGGGGUGUGUUCGGCACCACGUCAUCUCGGAUUCAGGGCCUCACGAAGAAGGAUGAGGCAGACAAGCCAGGACCGGCUCACUACCAAAUCAAAGAGAAAUUACACCCAUCCUGUCACGAUGGCCUGACGUCAAACUUCGCCUCUGUCACCUACCGACUUGCAGAACCACCAGGCAUUGUGAGGGAAAUUCCUCCUCCUGGAGCUUAUGACGUAUCACAAUCGUAUGAAGACUCACAGAUCAAGAGCAAGUGCAGGUUUGCCAAGCCACGGACGGAUGCAGCCAAGAGGAAACAAGGCUCCUUCCUGUCCGCAGCCUCUCGGUUCGCCCCUCCUAGAGACAUGUUGAUUGAACAGCCAGAUGCAGAGACUCCAGGUCCAGGAGCAUAUGACCACCCUUCAUCAGAACUUGAUCCCAAGAAAGGCUUGAUGGUGACGAAGGACAAGAGGUUUAAGGAAUUAAAGAGUGAAGGACCGGGCCCUGGCACUUAUGAGUUUUCACCACUAAUUCAAGAUACAGUAUUAAAAGGAACUUUCAAUGCCACCCUGAACAACCCACUAGCUCAACAGUUGGAUCCCGUGCAUCACUUACAGUCAGCCAAACAUGCUUUCCUGCUAGGAGUGUAGUGCAGUGGCGAAAACAACCAAUGGUGGAUGGUACAACAUAUUCUUUGGAAAUGCUUGUUCUAGCUUUAACCAAUGGCAGAACUUGUAACAAGGAUGUACAUAGACAAGAGACAAUAGUUUGUGAUGUAUGUGAUGGUCGGUCUUGUUUGAUUGUGGCUUACAGGUACUACAGACAGUAUUGUAUAAAUUGUGAACUGGUCUUCACAGAUGAAUUUAGUACAAGUAUUUUUGAAAAUAUUUUUAUGUAAGCAUCCGGUUUGUUAUUUAUAUAAAAUUUUAUAUAUGGAGAACAAUAAAUUAUUAAACAAACAAAAAACACUUGUAUAUCUAGUGAUUGGGAUGCACAUAUAGUAGAGAUAAUAGUUGUACAUUAAUAUUAUUAAGCACGAAAAUAUAUUUUGAAUAUGUUUACAACUGAUCUGUGUAUAUAUAUAUAUAUUUGGUCGUUUGUUAUGAGAACAAAUAAAGGACGCCUGUCCAGUUUGUUGAG